CAGAUCGUCUCCUUCCCAAAUCCCGUCUCUUUCCCUCUCUCUCUCUCUCUCUCUCUCUCUCUCCCCGUAGCUCCAACGCGCGAGUUAGUGUCGGACAGUCCGUCGAAUCCCCCACCCGCCCCAACCCGAGCUCGCCGGCGUCUCCCGACAUGAAGGAUGACGAUUUACUCCCCAUAUCGUCGGCGUCGGCGGCGGCGGUCGCCAACGCGAAGAGGGAGAGCCCGGAUUCCGGCCCCUUCGGCCGCGGCCGGUACAAGAUUUGGGCGCUGGCCGCCAUCCUCCUCCUCGCCUUCUGGUCCAUGUUCACCGGCACCGUCACCCUCCGGUGGUCCGCCGGCAACCUCAACCACCUCUCCGACGACCUCGACGCCCCCAUUCGCGACGAUCUCGACGUCCUCGAGAUGGAGGAGAGGGAGAAGUUGGUGAAGCACAUGUGGGACGUGUACACGAACAGCAGGCGGAUCAGAAUGCACAAGUUUUGGCAGGAGGCGUUCGAGGCCGCGUUCGAGGACUUGAGCAGUGACGUUCCUGGUGUUAGAGAGGAUGCGAUCGCAGAGAUCGCUAAGAUGUCCAUACGGUUCAUCGAUCCCCCUCCAGCUCAAUCCACGAAUGCUCGAGAAUUUACUAAGAGGUUCAAGAUAACAGAGAGAGGAGAGGCAGUGGUGGCUCGCUGAUUACACAUAAACCAGAAAUUAUGGAGAUUCGAAAUUUUAAAUCGUUGUCCUCUCCAAUGAUGAUCCAUCGCACAGCUGCUGGAUGCCUCAUGGUGGCCAUGAAGCACUAGAUUUCUAUGGCAGAGACAAGCUCGUAUGUAUGUAGACGGGAAUUUUGUUUUCUUUCAAUUUGAUGUGAGAAAUUUUUUGAUGGUUGUAAAUUGGAACAGCCGAUACGUCGAGAAAUUCAUUGAAUGGUUCUUCUUUCAUAUGAAUUACCUAUAUUCUUUUGCAGUCAA